AUGCCUGUAGAACGAGAAAUCUAUGAACAGACUUUUGGUCCACUUCUUGCCAAAAGGGGAAGGAAAUUGCUAGAUUACGAAGAUGUCAUCUACAACGCGUCUCUGAUAUUUGGAAAUGAACACAAUGCAGUCCUGUCUAGACCUAGUACAGCGCAGAACUUUAAAUACAUCGGCGGUAUACAUAUUGAUGAUCCUGUAAAACCUUUACCCAAGAAUCUGCAAAACUUGAUGGAUAAUGCACAAAAUAGAGUCUUAUAUUUUAGCAUGGGUUGCUUCUGGAAAUCUAAAGACUUGCCAGUAAAUAUGAUUAGAGAACUUCUGGUAAUGUUUGGUGAACUAAAAGAAACUGUUUUAUGGAAGUUUGAAGCUAACUUAAAAGAUUUACCAAAGAAUGUUUAUAUCGUGCAAUGGGCACCGCAGCAAAGUAUUUUAGCUCAUCCAAACUGCAAAUUGGUUAUAUCUCACGGAGGUCUUCUGUCCUCGAUCGAAACUAUACAUUUCGGAGUUCCGAUCAUCGGAGUUCCCCUUCUGUUUGAUCAAACAAUUAAUGUUAACAAAGCUGUUGCCAGUGGAUAUGCUAUCAAAGUUGAAUUUACCUACGAUCUACCUACACACUUGAAAACAGCUAUAAAUAAUAUAAUAAGUAAUGAAGCAUACCAAAGAAGAGUCAAAGAGAUGUCAUUUAUAUACCACAAUCGUCCAAUGAAGCCAGGUGAUGUACUCAACUUUUGGGUACGCCAUGUAGUGGAAACGCGAGGCGCUUGGCAUCUGCGGUCUCCUGCACUUAACGUUCCACUGUACCAACGACUUUAUUUAGACCUGGUGCCUUAA